AUGCCGUUCUAUGACAGAGAUACUAAGUUAGUAUUUCUCGUCGGAAAAGGAACUAAUAAGCUGUUUUUGGCCGAAUUUCAGUCAAAGACACCAUUUUUGUCUCCAGUCUAUGAAAUGGCAAUGGCGGAGCAGAAUCUCGGUGCUUGUAUGGGCAGUAAACACAAUCUCAAUGUUAUGAGCGGUGAAGUGGAUACAUUCUAUCAACUUACCAAACAUAGCAUACUGCCAGUUCCUUGUAUAGUGCCGCGAAGAUCUUAUCGCGAUUUUCACCCUGAUCUAUAUCCUGACACUCGGGGGAAGGAAGCUGGAUGCUCAUCUUCGGAAUGGCUGAAGGGUUCUGAUGUUCCUGUAGGUUUAUUUUCGCUUGGAGUUAUCGAUCUAUUAUAGUC